AUGUCUGGCACGCUUGAGUCAAAGCCAAGUCUACGCUAUAAUUCGAUAAAUCCUUAUUGCCCUUUCACUGACCAAGGUGAAUGGGAAUUGGGGAAAUUCUUGGUCAAAAACCUUACCCAAACCCAAAUUAUGAAGUUCUUGAAGUUGAAAUGGUUUGACACUCCGAAUCGUGCAAGACCAUCUUUUACCACAAAGGAUCACCUCCUAGACUGGAUGGACUCGCUCCCUUCUUUUACCCCAUGGAAAGUCUCCAAGUCAGAGUUCAAAGGCUAUAAGACUGUCCAUCCCAUGGAGCUUGUUUGGCGUGAUGCACUGCAGGUUGUCCAGCAACUCUUUAGUGACCCAAUGUUUGCUAACCACAUGACCUUUAACCCCUAUGUCACCAACAUCAAAAAUCAGUGCAAAUAUGGGGAUUACAUGAGUGCCGAUAUGGCAUGGAAAAUCCAGGACUAUCUCCUGUUGGGUGCAACUCAAGUCCCAAUUAUCUUGGGAUCGGAUAAAACUCCUAUGCACCUGGUCUUCGUCACCAUCGGUAAUAUUGAUUCCGAGGUCCAUUCCAAGGCAACAUUACGAGCUUGGUGCUGCGUAGCCUACAUUCCGGUUGUGAAGUUCCGCAUUCAUCAAGAAUACCAGUCCAUUCUCCAGGCCAGACUAUGGCAUAAAUGCAUGGACCUCGUUUUUGCAAACCUCAAGGUCGCAGCAAACAAUGGCUGUUUCAUGCCUGAUCCCUCCCGCUACAUUUGCCAUGUAUUCACGCCACUUGUCACUCACGUGGGCGACCUGCCAGAGGCUACUAUGAUUGCUGCAGUCAGUAAAAACUCAUCCCCACUAACCAUGGCAAUACAAGCAGAUUUCGGUGAUGGAAUUCUCCACCCCCCUCAUACCAGGAGCCACACAUUGAAACUCAUUGUGGGGAUAUCCCAAAAUGUUGAUCCCUGGGAUCUGGACAAGUUCCAGAAAGUGGCCAAAGCUGUCAAUUUGUCCGGUGUUCACAUGCCAUACUGGUGUGAUUGGAAGUUUGCAUGUCCAUCAAUCUUCCUUGCUGGCAAGGUGCUGCACACAUGUCAUAAGUUUUUUGCAGAUCAUCCACUAAAAUGGAUCAAAGAGGCUCUGGGAGAUUAUGAGCUUGAUACUUGCUUCAUGGUCCAGCAUAAGCAGGUUGGAACGCGCCAUUUCACGAAAGGCAUCAUGCAUGUUAAUCAAAUGACAGGCCGGGAGCAUAGAGACAUCCAAUGCACUAUUGUUGCAUCAAUUGCAGGGGCCAUUCCACCCAGAUUCAUCCGUGCAAUCCAUUCACUCGUGGACUUCUUUUACCUCGCACAGAAUCCUGUUCACUCACCUCAAUAUCUUCAGUCAUUGGUGCAGGCCCUUUCAGAUUUCCACUCUUUCAAGGAUGCUAUUGUCCAGGUCGAGGCAAGGAAGGGGAAGAAGGGUAUCAAAGAAGAUUUUUUCAUUCUGAAACUCAAGCUUCUCCAAAGUUUUGAUGGUACGAUUAGGAAAUUAGGGACUUUGAUGCAGUUCUCUGCAGACAUGACAGAGCGAUUGCUCAUCACACAUUGUAAGAACCUUUUUCCGUGGAUGUCCCAGCAAAUCAAAGAUUUUACAGAGCAAUGUGUGCGCAUUCUCAAACGCCAAGAGUCUAUGGAAAUUUUUGACCUGUACAUGCUAUUGACUUCUCAUGGGGCAUCACUGGUUAACGCCAUACAUGUCGAAGAUGAAGAUGUCACUAUUGCCAAUCCUGCACUCUCCUGGGUUUCCUGUGUUCUCCCUGAUGAAGUCAAGUCAAUUCAUGUGGUGAAAAUUCUUGCUGGGACCCCAAGUAUGGGCGCUUCCAGCCAUGAGUCAUCAUGCCAAGUCGCAUGGUGCAAGCAUACCCACCGAGUGAUGAUUUUCCCUUUGGAAAUUGUGAUACUGUUCUUGUGGACACCACAGGCAUUGAUGGCAAAACCACAAGUUGCAUUGCACAGCCCUGAUGAUCGUCCUGAACUCGCAAUGUGGACCGUGGAGUGCACAUACACACAGGAGGAAAAUGGUAAUUGCUGUAGGAAGGGGGCUGUCAUACGAGUGACAGACGUGAUGCAUGCAGUUGAGUUGAUACCAGUUUAUGGUGAGGCAGUGGCCAAUAACAAGGAGAGUUAUCACACAUUCAGUACUGAGUUUGUAUAG